GUUCUGAAACCCGGCCGAGCCCUGACUGGGGAUGCAUGAACGACGUUAACCCGGAUAAACUGAGGAAGAAGAAAAAGAAGAGGAAGAAGAAGAAGACGAGGUAUGCUGGAAGGUGUGGUUCAAAGGGUGCUGCUUGGGCUUCUGGGUCGAUACGUGAAGGACUUUUCUAGGGACCAGGUGAAGGUUACCCUCUGGAACAUCGAGGUAGAAUUGAAGGACAUUCAACUGAUUCUUGAAGCCUUUGAUUAUCUUCAGUUGCCUUUUGCUCUUAAACAAGGUCGCGUUGGGAAAUUGAUUGUCAAAGUGCCUUGGAAUUUGAUUGGGAGAGAACCCAUUCUUAUUGCUUUGGAGGACGUUUUCUUUUUUGUGUCACCGAGGGAUGAUGAAGAUUGGAGUAAGGAAGCCGUUGAAAGUCGAGAGCUUGCUGGCAAGAAGGCUAAACUCGCUGCAGCAGAGCUUGCAAAAUUAUCUAGGCGUGUAUCAUGUAAUAAAGGAGGGUGGUCAUUUAUUCCAUAUGUUACUACAAAGGUUCUUGAGAAUAUUCAAGUAUCCAUUAAAAAUUUCCAUGUUGUGUACAGUAACAUGCAAUCUGAUUCAGAGCAAAUGUUAUUUGGUUUAAGGUUUUCUAGCUUGAUUAUAUCAAAGGCGAACCCAAUUGGGGGCCAAGUAAGCAAAACUAUAGAGAUUGAAGCUUUAGAAAUUUAUUGUAGCUCCACCGGUGGGGCUGUCAAUUUCAGGAGCUUGGAGAACACUGAGGAAUUUGUACUGUGGUGCAAUUCAAGAUAUGUUGGUGAUAAAUUUGAAAAUUUGUUGGAGCCAUUUAAUGUAUCAAUUUCACUUUUGGUCAACAGAUCAGACAAGCUCAGUAAUGAUUUGCCCCAGUAUUCUAUCAGUGCCAAGUUAAACAGUUUGGUUAUGUCUUUGAGUGAAGUACAUUUGCGGCAAAUCUUGAUCCUAUUGGACUACUUAAGCACAAGUCAGUUGAGGGAGAGUUCGUUUGUUGCAUUUGGAUAUGCUUUUUCUUUUGAUGGAACAUUACGAUGUGAAUUGAACUCUUAUGUCCCAUUUUACUAUUAUUAUUGGUAUGGACGAUAUCGUCCUUUUUCUUCUCUUUUAUCAAGAAAAGGAGAUGGUUGGCAAAGAUUGUGGUGGUGUUAUGCCCAAGAAUCUAUCAUAUCAGAUGUCCAUAAGAAAUUAAAGAAAAGUUCAUGGAGAUACCUUGGCCAGCGAUUGAGUAAUCGCCGGAAGUAUGUUAGUUUGUACAAGAGUAAGUUAGGGCUUCUUCGGCGUGACCUGCCAAUUGAUGAAUCUAUCCUUCGGGAAUUGGAUCAAAUGGAGAAAGAAUCUGAUAUUGAUGAUAUCUUAUGUUAUAGGUCUGCUGCGGAACACGAACUGCAGGAACUUUUAGCUCACUCUUCAACAGAAAAUAUAUCUUUUGAGAAGUCCAGGAAAGAUGACCAUCCAGAUGGCAAGUUGAGUGGAUGGUUAAACUGGUUGUCACGUGGAAUGCUUGGUGCUGGUGGUACAGAUGAUUCUAGUCACUUCUCUGGUAUUGUCUCUGAUGAAGAUGUGCAGGAUAUAUAUGAUGCAGCAAAGUUCCAUCUACCUGCUUUUUCUGGAGCAGAUGCUGAUGAAAAUGGGAAGAUGUAUACAUGUGCAAUUGAGUUUGGCAUUGAUGAAUUGUCUUUAACAGUGCGGAAUUCCUGUUGUGAAAUUGCUAAGUUGUGUUUUCAUGGAGUUGUUAUUGAAUGCAAGCUACAGGAUCAAUUGACAACCCUGAUUGUUUUUCAUAAGUCUGGAGAGAUAAUCUAUCCCUUAAACAACAAAGUCAUCCUAUUAAUGGCAGGGUCAUGCAUGGAUAAAAAUGUCAGGGAGACUGAGCCUUUAUAUAGAGUCCAAAUGGACUUAUCUCCAAAGCAAGAUGUCAAGUUGUCGGUCAUGCUUCGGUCACUUGAAGUUGCUUAUGAAACAGCAUUUUUUCUGGAUUUAAUGGAAUUUUUUAAUAUUCUUAAAUCCUUUGAAUUUCAGCCUGAGAGGGUCCUGUCUUCAUUAAAUGGAUUUGAGGAUGAUAGCUCCCGAUUAUUAGCAAAAGCAGAAUUCAUUCUAUCAAAUCAUAAGAAAGUGGUAUGCAAUGUUAGCAUCAUCAAUGUUAUCCUGGAUGUCCCUCUGACAAAUACAGUUUCAGAACAAUAUAACAUGGUUUUGGAAUUAGGAUCACUUAUUUUAACAUCCAAACCUGACCUGGAUUCUCUUUGCUCCAGUACUGGUGAACAAUCAGAUAAUUUGAAGCUCUUACUGGAUUCUGUUUGUCCCUCUCUGUUAAUAAGUUUUCAGCUUCAAGAUCUCUAUAACCACUUUGAGAUCAAAAUAGCUGAUUUUCAGAUGAAGGUGGUCAUGGCUCAUUAUCAUUCAGAAAUUUCUGUUCUAGAGAAGUUUUGCUCUUCCGUUACUUUGUCAUCUUGUAUUAUUCCUAAUGAACAGAUUCUUAAGCAGUUGGAGGUUUGUGCCUUCAUUUCACCCCUCCUUGUGCACAUUUCUCCAUUAAUAUGCGAGUCAGUUGUUGCUUUGAUUGCACUUCUUGAUAAUCUGAACUCAGCUUCUGAACUUAAUGUGCCGGAUGCUCAUAAUUCACUUAAUUCCACAUCAUGUCCACCGAGAACUCCUCUUUCUGGUGUCAACGUGACUACAAAUUUUGAAGCAGUCAAUAUCCUUGUUGACUUUGCAAAUGGCGGAGAAAAUGGCCCUGCCAUCAUGAUUUCUCUUAACAAAUUUGAUCUUAGGUAUGCUUUUAAAGGAUUUGAGGAGUUAUGGAUCUGUUCAAAAGCUUUGGAGAUUAUUGCUUAUCAAUCAAGCAAUGAAGAGGAUGGCAAUGUUUUAUGCUCUUCUGGGAACCUACACACUUCAAGAUCUGCACAUCAGCAUGAGAUCUGUGAUGGACUUGGUGAUCAAACUGAUUACUUUAGUAACAAAAAUGCAUCUUCUGAAGCUUGUUUUCUUUUACAUUAUGAAGUUCACAGAUGCAUAGACUCUGUUUGUCACAAGUUUAAAUUGUGCUUGAGUGAUGCUGACCUCCACUGCUACCCGUAUGUGUUUGGCUUGUUAAUGGGGUUCUUUGAUAGAAUACAAUCAAUCAGCAGCUUUGUUGCUGGUGAGAAUUCCUGGCACUCCAAUUCAGAUGGUAAUAGUCUAAAAAUGGUGCCCAAGUUUGAGUUUCAAAGGUUUGGUUUUUCAAAUUUCUCUGAAGAAGGAACAUCUGAUUAUGCAAGUAUUUCUUUGGAUUUUUUUCCAUUCAUUACAAUAUGUAAUUCGGGGUCCCUUACCAGUCUUGAGAAUUCACUUCGGUAUUCCACUCUUGAUUGGAGGAAAUCACUCAAUCAAAGGAAUAGAAAAUUUGACAGUCCAAGCCACAGUAGAGAGAAGGGAUCUAGAGACUUCCCUAUUCUACCACUGAAAUCCAUGCAUGCUUCGGAUGCAACUUUUCUGUCAGGGAAUUUGGAUAUGUAUGUUAUUGAUGUCAAUCUCUCUGGAGUUAGGAUUCAUUUCCAUGAUUCAUCAUGUACUGUCGGAAUAAUUACAUUGCCUAACUCUAAAUCAUCUCUUUGCAUUUAUGAAGACUCUAUGGAUCUGGUGUCUUCCACUGAGGGGUUGAUUUUGACGUCAUCUUGGUGGACCAAAAGUUUCCAAGACUUUCUGUGGGGUCCUUCAUUACCAAACAUUUCUCCAGUGUUAAACAUACGUGUUAGAAAAGGAAGUUUUGAAUCGUUGAAUUCACAACUUGAAAUUAGUUUUGGAAUUCAGCAUGUGUGCUGUGUUCUGCCACCGGAAUACUUAGCCAUCAUAGUUGGUUACUUUUCACUGCCUGAUUGGAGUUCAAAUUCAAGUAUGCAGCCUGUGAAAAAGGAUUACCAGGACCACCAAACUAAGAUUGCAAUAGUUUAUAAGUUUGAGAUUCUGGACUCAACAUUGAUUUUUCCUGUGGAAAGUGAUGAUGAUCAUCAAUGUUUAAAGAUUGAACUUCAUCAGAUUUAUUGCAGUUUCAUUCCUGAAUGUGAUUUGAGCAAUGUGUUGCAAGACAUUCCUCCUGAGUAUAUGGUUCCAGUGUAUAAAUUUGCAAAGACAAAUCACUCUUUGAAUAUAUUUGGACGAGAUUUGUCCCUCUCAUUUCUGUUGUUUAAGGAUGAUGGAUAUGGUUCUUUAAUGCCUGUUCCAGGUACUGAACCAAUAAGUAUUACCUUAAUUUCAUCAUUUGUUGCUGAUGUUUGGGUAAGAAUACCCUGUGAAAGUGAAUCCUUUUCUGGUAGCCAUUCUAAUUCAACAUGUAUCAUGUCAAGGAUAGGCACUUGCCAACUUAAUCUUGAUGAUUCUUACUCUUUGGAUGGACUUACUGCUCUACUGGAAAUUAUAAAUCACCUUUCAUUAGUUAUUGAUGAAUCAAAAAGUUUCACAUCAGAUGUUUUGCAGUUUCUCCAGUUAACUAGGUCCGUGAAUGAAACUGGAGCUGUUACACCUGCUGAUUCUGCCGUGAUAUUUACAGAAGUUAGGUGUUGUAUUGAAUCAUUAUUGAUACAGUUUCAUCGCUUGGGCAAUCAUUCAUUUUUACUGGAACCUGUUGCUAAGGCUGAUAUGAAGUUUAUGUGCUCUGUAUCACUUGUAAAUGAUAUACCCACAAGCUUGGAUAUAAGUUUUAACUCUCUGGCAUUAUCUUCCUUGCUGAAUGCUGUUAUCCUAGCACGGUGCAUUGGUACUUGCUCAGCCCCACGAGUUUUUAAAGUUUCUUUCUCAAAAUCUGAUCAAGGUGUGAAUGAGUUCAAUGUCUAUCUCCCUUCUCUUCAUAUCUGGAUGCAUUCUUCUGACUGGACUGACAUCAUCAACCUACUUAAUUCUUAUGCUUUGAGGGUGAGCAAAACUACAGUGAUUGAUUCAUCAUCAAAGAGUUCAACUAUGAAUACUAUUGGUCCAUUUAAAAAUGUAUUGGAUGUGGGUUCUCAAAUUUGUGAUCAGAAUUCUGGUGUGAUAAUUCAUCAUGAACCACACAAUGUGAAUCAGGCAACUUUAGGUGUUAUUGUCAGUUCAGAAAAUAUUGGCAUUACAGUUCGGUUUCCGAUCUGGGUUAGUGGAGAAGCACUUAGUUUAUUCGAGGCAGCUGAAAUUCAAGAAGAGAGGCCACAGAGUAUUUUCUCUGAUGUUGUUGAAGGGAAAUACUGCAAGUUUUUAACCAUGACAACACAUAGUAGAAAUAGUGAAUUGCUAAUGGUGGGAAAAGAUGUAAAGUUAAAGUGUAUUCUGGAAAAAACUAGUUGCUCAGUUGUGAUUUGUGGGGAUAAACAUGUCAAUUCUUGGCCUUUCUUUCAUAUAUUUCAAAUUAAUGCGGAGACUGAGAUAUGUAUUAAUGAGAGGAUGCCUUUCCAUGUAAAUGUGGGGGUUCAGUGUGACCGGUUAGAUGUAUGGCUUUCACAUCAAGUGUUCUUCUUUUGGCAUGAUCUGCAGUUUGACUUCCCUGGAGCAGGAUCUUCUGAGCAUACAUUUGGAAAUGUGAAAUUUAGGGUCCAGUUGAGGAAAGCUUCACUUCUACUCUCUGAUGGAAGGUGGAGUUGUAGUGGGCCUCUUUUGGAGAUCCUUUUGAGGAAUUUCCUUUUGGAUGCGCACAUGACUCAAAGCAGCAUAGAAAGCACAGUUUUGUGUGAUCUUCAAGUGAAUUACAAUAACAGUCACAAGGUCUUGUGGGAGCCUUUUGUUGAGCCUUGGAAGUUUCAGAUCAGUGUAAAUAGAAAACUUGAGAUGAAUGCUUUGUUGGACAGCUCUUUUUUAACAGAUAUUGAUCUAACAUCAACAGCACAGCUGAACUUCAACCUUACAGAGCCCCUUAUUGAGACUGUUUUGAGGACGGUUGAGGUGUUUAAAGAUGCCUGGGGCCUGAUGGAACAAGAUGUUCACGAGAACAAGAGAUUGCUGAAUUGUAUGUUAACCGAAAAAAUGUCUAGUGGAAGAUAUGCUCCCUAUGUUCUUCAGAAUCUUACAUCUUUGCCUCUAAUAUAUCGUGUUUAUCAAGGACUAGUAGACUCUGAUCAGUUUGAUGUCUCAGAAAUGAAGGAUGGAAAAUCUGUGCUGCCAGGUGCCACUGUUCCAAUAUAUCUUAAUGACACUCCUGAGGAACAACUUUUUCAUUAUAGGCCUGCUCAUUCUUCUGACAAGCUUGGUGAGAAGCAACCAAAUGGGGUAGCUCAUCAUUUAAUGACCAUUCAACUUGAUGGAUCACCUGUCCCCUCUGCUCCUGUUUCAAUAGAUCUCGUUGGAGUUACCUACUUCGAGGUUGAUUUUUCUAAUGCUUCGAAAUACAAUAUGAAUGUGGAAGAAAAGGGUACUGCCAAUACGAAUACUGGUUUUGUUGUCCCUGUUGUGUUUGAUGUUUCAGUCCAGCGGUAUAGCAAGUUAAUACAAUUGUAUUCAACGGUGAUAAUACUUAAUGCCACUUCAAUGCCGAUAGAACUACGGUUUGAUAUUCCAUUUGGCAUUGCACCAAAGAUUCUAGAUCCAAUAUACCCUGGUCAGGAAUUCCCACUGCCUCUGCAUUUGGCUGAAUCCGGUCGCAUGAGGUGGCGUCCACUUGGAAAUUCUUACCUGUGGAGUGAAGGGCAUAACCUGCACAAUGUUCUUUCCCAGGAAAGCAAAAUUGGAUUCCUUAGAUCUUUUGUAUGUUAUCCUUCUCAUCCAAGCAGUGAUCCAUUUCGCUGUUGCUUCUCCCUUGAACGUAUUUGCUUACCUACAGCUGUGAGGCCAAAGAAGGGUUCAAUGCAUCAUGUUAACAAUUUGAACCAAUCUGUCCAGAUUUCAGAUCAAAUUUUAAAUGAUCUGGACAAGUCAAAGAGCCGUUUUAUUCAUCAAGUGACCUUAAGCACUCCAUUAAUAGUGAACAACUAUCUUCCAGAGACUGUUUCAUUAAAAAUUGAAAGUGGUGGUGUUCCUCGUACUACAUUACUUUCAGAGGUUGUAACUUUCUUUCAUCAUGUUGACCCUUCACAUGACCUGGUGCUGGAGUUCAGUAUGCAUGGUUUUAGACCUUCGAUAGUUAAGUUUCCACGUGCUGAAACAUUCAGCACAAUGGCUAAGUUCAGUGGAACUAAGUUCUCUCAGUCUGAGACCCUGGCCUUUGAUUCUGAUUUGUGUAAUGGUCCAAUUUAUAUGGUUGUGGAAAGGACAUUGGAUGCAUUCUCUGGGGCACGAGAACUUUUCAUCUCUGUUCCCUUUCUGUUAUAUAACUGUACUGCUUUCCCUCUAGUUAUUUCAGAGUGCACCAGUGAAAUGAAAGGAAUUGCAUGCACCAUGCCUUCCUGCUAUGAUCAAUUUGAUCAGGAACAAUUUCAAGGCAGAAGAGAUGGUCUCAGCCUUUUAUUAUCUGAUCAGGAUUCACUUGAAUGUUCUUUCACAAAAGUUCACACUGUUUCAACUAGGAAAAUCAGUAAUCCACUUUCAGGAGGGUUUUUAAGCAAAUCCUUGACUUCAUCUGGAUCUUCUAAAUUUUCCAACAAAGAAAUUGACGGACAUGAUUUAGAGGUUUCAGAAGUUCCUUUAAGCAGUCUGAAGAAUAGGUCUUCUUCAAGCACUCAGUUGUUGUUGAAGGAUAAUGGUUUUGUAGAUAAAGAACAAAGAAAGGUUAAGGCAUGCAUGUACUCUCCCCAUUCUACUUCUGCUUCAAAUGAAAUACUGGUUUGUUUGAAUAGGUGUUUGCCUGGAUUUGUCUCCGAGAAUAUGUCAAAUUCUUCAUGGUCAGCACCAUUUCCUCUUGUCCCACCAAGUGGUUCAAUGAAUGUGCUUGUUCCACAGCCAUCAUCAAAUGGUGCAUUUAUAAUAUCUGUAGCAUGUAGUGCUAUUGCUGGUCAAUUUGCUGGGAGGACACGAGCCAUUACUUUCCAACCUAGAUACAUUAUCAGCAAUGCAUGCAGCAAAGAUUUGUCUUAUAAGCAGAAGGGGACUGAUACUGUCUUUUAUUUGUGUGAGGGGCAUCACUCCCAACUCCACUGGACAGAUACAACAAGGGGGUUGCUGCUUUCCAUGCGUUUUGAUGAACCUGGAUGGCAAUGGUCUGGCAGCUUCUUGCCAGAUCAUCUGGGUGAUACCCAAGUGAAAGUACGGAAUUAUGUUUCUGGUGCUAUAAAAAUGAUACGAGUGGAGGUGCAGAAUGCUGAUGUUUUUGUUAAGGAUGAAAAAAUUGCUGGAAGCCUUCAUGGAAAUUGUGGAACAAACUUGAUUCUUUUAUCAGAGGAUAAUACAGGGUAUAUGCCAUACAGAAUUGAUAAUUUCUCGAAGGAGAGACUAAGGAUUUACCAACAAAGGUGUGAGUUUUUUGACACAAUUGUUCAUCCAUAUACUUCCUGUCCUUAUGCAUGGGAUGAACCCUGUUAUCCACAUCGUCUCAAUGUUGAGGUACCUGGGGAGCGUAUUGUGGGAUCAUAUGCUUUGGAUGAUUUGAAAGAGUUCAUACCUGUACAGCUACAAUCAACCUUUGAGAAGCCUGAAAGGACAUUGCUUUUGUCAAUAUGUGCUGAAGGAGCAAUGAAGGUUCUCAGCAUUAUUGAUUCAAGUUAUCAUAUUCUGAAAGACAUAAGAGAUCAAAGUGCCACCAGCUUCCUAGAGAAACGAAUUGAAGAGAAGAAUCAAGAGAAAUCUGUUAAUUAUAAGGAGAGAUUUUCAAUAUCUAUUCCAUGCAUUGGUAUCUCCUUGAUUAAUUCUUUUCCACAGGAAUUGCUUUUUGCCUGUGCAAAGAAUAUGAAGGUUGACCUGCUUCAGAGUGUGGACCAACAAACACUUACAGUUUCAGUCUCCUCAUUACAAAUAGAUAAUCAAUUGCAAACAAGCCCUUAUCCUGUGAUCCUUUUCUUUAAUAACGAUUGCAGAACCAACCAAGUUAGCCAGAUAAUUAAGGAUGCUGGCUCAAAAUAUAAAAACGAUAGAGGUUUAGCUAUUACUUCUGAUGGUUCCUGUGAACCUGUGUUCUACCUAUAUGUGGCUAAGUGGAGGAAGAAAGAUUCUUCAUUGGUUUCUUUUCAAAAUUUGCAUUUAAGGGUGGCUGAUUUUUGCCUUGAGCUUGAGCAGGAACUGAUAUUGAGCUUGCUUUACUUCUUUAAAGCUUUAUCUCCAAGUUUUCAGAGUCAAGUGAUACCAUUUUCAGAUUCUACCUACAGUGUGGGUAUAGCAUAUGGUCAGCCUAGUGAGUAUGUGAAACCAAGAGACAUGCUGCAGGGAACCAGCAUUCCUGUCUUUGGUAAAAGUGAUAGAAGCAAUGUAUCAUUACCUUCAAUAGUUCCAAUAGGUGCUCCUUGGCAAAAGAUUUACCUUUUGGCCAGCAGGGAGAGGAAGAUCUAUGUUGAAUCACUGAAUUUGGAUCCUAUAAAAUUUACUCUAAGCUUUUCUAGUUCGCCUUGGAUGCUAAGGAAUGGAGUUCUUACAUCUGGAGAAUUUCUUAUCCAUAGAGGUCUUAUGGCUCUGGCCGAUGUUGAGGGAGCACGGAUUUAUCUCAAAGAAUUGACAAUUGCAAAUCAGAUGGCUAGUUGGGAAUCCAUUCAAGAGAUCCUCAUCAGACACUACACUCGGCAACUUAUCCAUGAAAUAUACAAGGUUUUUGGUUCCGCUGGUGUCAUAGGAAAUCCCAUGGGAUUUGCUAGGAGUGUAAGUGUUGGCAUCAAAGAUUUCUUAUCAGUUCCUGUGAGGAGCAUUAUGAAGAGCCCCACUGGACUUAUUACAGGCAUGGCACAGGGUACAACCAGUCUUGUGAGUAACACAGUAUAUGCAUUGAGUGAUGCUGCCACUCAAUUCAGUAAAGUUGCACACAAGGGUAUUGUUGCAUUUACAUUUGAUGAUCAAGCUGUUGCAAGAAUGGAAAACCAGCAGAAAGGUGAAGUUUCACAUAGUAAAGGCGUAAUCAAUGAAGUGUUUCAGGGGCUCACUGGUCUUCUUCAAUCACCAAUUAAAGAAGUUGAGAAACAUGGCCUUCCAGGCAUCCUCUCAGGAAUAGCAUUAGGAGUAACAGGAUUAGUGGCUAGGCCAGCUGCUAGCAUUCUUGAGGUGACUGGAAAAACUGCACAAAGUAUUAGGAACCGAAGUAGCCUACAUAAUAUGAAAUCACAAUGCUACAGGGUCCGGUUGCCAAGGACUCUGAGCGGAGAACUUCCACUAAGGCCUUACUCGUGGGAAGAGGCAGUUGGCACGUCCGUAUUGAUGGAAGCUGAUGAUGGCCUGAGGCUCAAGGAAGAGGUGUUUGUCAUGUGCAAACCCCUGAAACAGCCUGGUGAAUUUGUUAUCAUAACUGAGAGACUGGUACUAAUAGUUAGUUGCUCCAGCUUGGUGGAUUUGGGGAAACCAGAAUUUCGAGGUGUUGCUGUGAAUCCGGAGUGGGUGAUAGAAACAGAAAUUAGCUUGCACAGUGUUAUUCACACUGAUUUGGAUGAUGGGGUGGUACAUAUUGUUGGAAGCAGCUCGGAUGCCAUAUUGACACAGAACCAGAACAUGUCCAAGAAAGGUGGUGCAACAAGGAAACAGUGGAAUAAUCCUACCAUGCCACUUUUUCAAACCAACUUAGAACUGGCAUCGAAAGACGAUGCUGAGGAGUUUCUACGAGUUCUACUGUCUACAAUUGAACAAGGAAACGAACGAGGUUGGGACAGCGGAUAUCUUCUUCAUCAAAGUAACAUCAAGUAGAUUAGAAGUCAAGAUUUUUUUGUCAUUGUUACUUCAUUCUGUAAAACCCUUAACAUAAACGAGAUUGAAAGGGAAGAAAGCAUGCCUUUUUGUCCCCUGUAAUUGUUUUUG